UUACUUUGGAACUAACCCAACCUAACCUAACCAAUGGGGUUUUAUUUUUCAACGUGCGAUUCACAGCACGGUGAACUGUUACAGCUAGCUACUGAUAACAGGGAUAGGUAUUGGUGAAUCUAACAUCACACACUGGCUUGGAGCAAGAGAUAACGAAUUACAUUUCAAAUCUGCAGUUGAACUGUAGUCACAUUAGUAGUAAUGGCCAAUAGAGUUGGUAUUGAAUGGUUUGGCCAUUAAACAUCUCGCUUUUCUGGGCUCGUGGAGUGAACAAUCAGCUUCGAAAGCUACUUUUUUUAAAUUCGAUCAACACCAAUAGUGUAUCCUGGUUCACAUCGAAUGGUAUUAAUCUUUGAUUCAUGGAUUUUCCGAAGAUUUACGAAAACACCCUAUGAAUUGAAGGGGAGUUACAAUUCUACAGUGCAGGAGAAGUCCUUUUGUUGAAUGGCUCUACUUCAAACUGAAUCUUAUACUUAGAUUCUCAUUAGUAGUAUUGUGAAGAAAUUAGGAAAUGAAAUAUGGGUAGAAAUUCUCAAUAAAUUUGAAAGUUCUGAUAUAUUUCCUUUGGAAGACAUUUCUGUGUAGAAGUAAAUGUCUGAUGUUUUCAGGUUUCUCAACCUAACUAAUUUAAAAAAUAAAUGAAUCCGGAUCGAUAGGAAAUUUUCUUAGGAAUUUUACCCAACGCAACUGAUGCGGGUUGAUAUUUCAUUGAUUGUUACUACAUAUCUGCCUUACAUUUUAGUUCGAAGUCCUAUGAUAGGCUAUCUCAAUGCAUCACUGGAAGGCUUGACAACUAUCAGAGCUCAUAAUGCAGAAAAGAUACUUAUAGAUGAGUUUGAUCGUCAUCAAGAUUUAUACACAUCAGCAUAUUAUACGUCAAUUUGCACUAUGAGAGCAUUUACCUUUUUCAUGGAUUGUACGGGAUGUACCUUGAUUAUUGCUGUAGUAAUAAAGUUCAUCUUUUUUGAUACAGAGGCAAGUGCAGGUGAUGUUGGUCUAGCUCUAACACAGGUAUCAUUGCUAGGGGACACCAUUCAAUGGGGACUUCGAAAGUGGUCAGUAAUGGAGAAUUAUAUGACAUCCGUAGAAAGGCUGUUAGAAUAUACAAAAGUUACGCCAGAAUCAGAGGCAGGAAUGGUAUUGGAUGAUUGGCCGAAUCAAGGUUGCAUGAAUUUUGAAAAUGUUUCACUCACUUAUGGCAAAUCCACUGUCCUGAAGAAUUUGUCGUUUGAAGUAGAGCCAAAGCAAAUGAUUGGCAUAGUGGGAAGAACAGGCGCUGGAAAGUCAUCAUUGAUAUCGACAAUUUUCAGAUUAUACGAUAUUCAGGGCAAAAUUUUAAUUGAUGGUGUUGACAUUAAAACGGUGUCCAUGAAAUUUCUUCGCAAAAAUAUUUCUAUAAUUCCCCAAGACCCAGUAAUAUUCCAUGGUUCUGUUCGUUUCAAUCUCGAUCCAUUCGGAGAAUUUGAAGAUGUGGAUUUAUGGAAUGCCUUAGAAAAAGUGAACUUGAAAUAUUUGGUUCCAAGUUUGAAUCUGGAUAUGAUAAGUGAAAUAAAUUUGAGUGCCGGGCAAAAGCAACUUUUCUGUUUAGCUAGGGCUAUUCUACGAAAAAACAAAAUCGUCAUUCUGGAUGAAGCCACAGCAAAUAUGGAUUAUACUACAGAUGUAAUGUUGCAUAAUACUAUCACACAGCAUUUUCAAAACUGUACGAUAUUUAUUAUUGCACACAGAUUACAUUCAGUUUUGAAAUGUCAGAGAGUAAUGAUUUUGAGUAAAGGUGUUAUUGUGGAAUAUGACGCUCCAUCUACGUUACUCAGGAAUAGAAGCGGAUUUUUUUUCAAAAUGGUGAAACUGGCCAAUCAAGGUGAAUAUAUGUUUGAUAAUGAGAAAGAAAAAUAAAUGUUUUUCCGGUG